AUGGUGGGUACGAUGGAUCCGAGCCCGGGUUCAUUGAAUGAUUUGCUCCAAGAGCUUAUGAAAAUUUCUGAACAAACUCUAGAGGAUAACGACAACGUGAAAAAGCAUGCUCUUCAGUGUCAUCCGAUGCGACAAGCUCUGUUUGAUGUGCUUUGUGAAGUUAAAGAGAAAACAGCUCUGCAAAUACGAGCAGGUACUGACGAUCAACCAGAGGAUCCGCAAUUGAUGCGGUUGGAUAAUAUGCUGGUUGCCGAGGGCGUAGCAGGACCGGACAAGGGUGCACCACUUUCGGGUGAUGCUUCUGGUGGAGACCAGGCUGAUUAUCGCCAAAAGCUCGGUCAAAUACGUCUUGUCUAUAACCAAGAGCUCCAAAAAUAUGAAGAGGCGUGCUCAGAAUUCACACAGCAUGUGAUGUCUCUGUUGAAAGAUCAAUCUCGAGUCCGACCAAUCAGUCAAAAGGAGAUUGAACGGAUGGUAUCGAUCAUCCAGAAGAAGUUCAGCGGUAUCCAGGUUCAGCUCAAGCAGUCAACGUGCGAAGCCGUAAUGAUCUUAAGAAGUCGUUUCUUAGAUGCAAGGCGUAAACGUCGUAACUUCUCCAAGCAAGCUACUGAAGUUCUUAACGAAUAUUUUUAUUCACACCUGAGCAAUCCGUACCCGUCGGAGGAGGCCAAAGAGGAACUCGCUCGGCAGUGUAACAUUACAGUGUCUCAGGUGUCGAAUUGGUUUGGUAAUAAGCGGAUUCGUACAAGGAAGAACAUUGCCAAGGCGCAGGAAGAAGCGAAUAUGUACGCUGCAAAGAAAGCAGCAGCUCAUGGACUUGGAGGUCUCCCUGGAGCGAACUAUGGUAUGUUGGCAGGGUCGUCAUCAAUGCUCAAUCCCUAUCAAGGGAUGUUGCCUGGUCAAGAUCUUAGCCAUAUGGGAAUGCCGCCCGGAUUUGAUCUCUCUGCUUAUAACCCUCAAUUAAUGGCACAAUAUCAAGCAAAUCUGGAUAGUGACAAAGUAAGGCUGUCCUGA